AUGGCUGAUGCCAUCACCUACGCAGACCUGCGCUUUGUGAAGGUGCCCUUGAAGAACAGCGUCUCUAAUCACCUCGGACAGGACUGUGAGGCUUACGAGGAUGGAGAACUCACCUACGAGAAUGUGCAAGUGUCUCCAGUCCCAGGAGGGUCAUCAGGCUUGGCUUCCUCUGCCGUAGUGGACAAAGCAGGCGUCAGGUCAGAGCAGCCAGCUGCAUCCUGGAGCCCCGUGAAGUCGCCCGCUGUUGGGUGGUUUUCCCGUUGUCCCGCAGUCGGCUUGCAAUACUUCUUGCUGGGCCUUUUCCUGGCCUGUUUGAUGUUAGGGGUGGCUGCCAUCUGCCUGGGAGUUCGCUAUCUGCAGGUGUCUCAGCAAUUCCAGCAGGUAACCAGGAUUUUGGAAGCCACCAACAGCAGCUUGCAGCAGCAGCUCAGGCAGAAGACAGAUCAGCUGGGGCAGAAGGAGGAGGAUUUGCAGGAGUCUCGGACAGAGCUGUCCCUGAGUCAGGACGCUUUAAAAGAGAAGCAGAAGAUCCAUGAGGUCACGGAGCAGCAGCUACAGGCCUGCCAGUCUGAGGGACAGAGGACCAAGGAGAACUUGGAAAGGGAGGAGCAGCAGAGGAGGAACUUGAACCAGAGGCUGGUCAACAUGCAGGACACACUGAGGCGCUUUCUUUCCUGUUCCUCAGACACCUGCUGUCCGCUGGGAUGGACACAGCACGAGGGGAGAUGCUUUUACAUCUCACACACUCUCAGGAGUUGGCAAGCGAGCCAGAAAUACUGCACAUCUCUGUCCUCCCAACUGGCUUCUGUAGCCAAAGAACCGGAUAAGUAUUUUUUCACACACCUCUCUGAAUCCCCUCAGGUCUCUCUGCCCAGUGUCUUAGCGGAGUUGCUAAAUGAUUCGAAGUCAUAUUGGAUUCAGCAAUCGCCUGUAUCUUAUUCUCAAAGCUCACAUUGUAGGAAGCUAGAGAAAUGGCAUGAAUCAUGGCAAAGAUAUUUCUCAAAGUGCACAGACUCUUAUCCUUGCAUUUGUGAGCUGGAAGCUUUCCGGUUUCCUGAUGGGGAUCACCUGCACUGAAACGGGUAAGCACGAGGUAUGGAGAGCGGGCAUAGUUGUGUGCAUGGAGACAGAGGGAAAAUCUGUUCCCAAAUUUGUCAAAUCCACAAUCUCCAGUGGCUCAGUCUGCUUAUGUAGGGUCAGGCUAGGCAGGGAAAGGGGACAGGUACAUCCUGAACAGGGGAGCGGGAAGACAGGGUGAACUGGACUAGGGUUAGUGACAGUCACCUAGAGCUCGCUGCUGCUUUAUUUUUCCAGACACAGGAACAAGAACUUGUGACCUACAUCCUUAACCUGUGGCCUGCGAUUCCUCAAGCAUUCCCUCACUCUCGGGCAUGCUCAGCUAAGGGCUGAUCCUGGCCU